AGAAUAUUACUUGGCGUACCAUGCCGAGUAUGUCAAGACCAUUCAUCUGGAAAACACUAUGGCAUUUUCAGUUGUGAUGGCUGCGCUGGUUUCUUUAAGCGCUCUAUUCGUCGACAUCGACAAUAUGUAUGCAAAAAUCGUGGCGGUGGACAAGAGGGCAAAUGUUUGGUGGACAAAACACAUCGGAAUCAAUGCCGAGCUUGCCGACUUCGGAAAUGCUUAGAAAUUGGUAUGAAUAAGGAAGCGGUACAACACGAACGAGGACCUCGUAAUGGUACUGCACGGCGGCAGUUAACACUUUAUGCACCGUCCACAUCGCCUACCCGAAAUGCAUCGCCCGAAUAUGGAUCAGAUUCCGAUUCGCCGGCAUCCUGUAUCAGUAACACUGAAGUAACGCCGACAACAUCAAACGAUGCAGCUGCGCGAUUAUUUUUACAAAUUUUACAGUGGUCAAAAACCUUAUUACCGUUUAUCAGUCUAAAUGUUGCCGAACAGAUAACAGCAAUUGUUAAUUCAUGGGGUGUAUUAUUUUUGUUGUCUGCUGUCGAGAAUCGUAUCAUACAAAGUUCAUCGUUGAAUACAGCAGAAUCAACGCAAAAUGCAACGUUGAAAGCCAAACUGCUGUCUGCUGUAUCGCAGUUGGAAAUGCUCAAAUUGGAUGCCAGUGAAUACAGCUAUUUACGAAUGUUAAGCCUUCUGAAAGGUCGAAAUGCCCAAAUCGAGCAACUAUCAAAAAUUUAUUUGGCCCAACAUCAGCAACUGUUAUAUCCAUGUCAACCGUUACGUUAUAUCUCCUGUAUGGUACUGUUAGAGACAAUGCCACAGUUUGAGCCAAUUCUUUUAGACCUGUAUUUUAAGCGUACCAUUGGUGAAACACCAAUACAAACAUUAAUUGCAGAUUUAGUUACCAAAAAAGAUAGUCAAGUUUGA